UACUAUCGAUAACUCAUAAUCUUUGCAAUUUUAAUUGAAUGUUUAUUGUUUAAUUGAUUGCGUUUGUUUGCGAAAUGCUGGAGUCGGAGAAUGCGGUAGAUAUCCACUUGGAGGCGAUAGAGGUGCUGCUGAAUCACAUUCUAUAUGUGCGAGGAAUAUACCCCUCGCAAAUAUUUAAAAAGAGGCGGGUGUACAACACGCCGGUGUUUGUCUCCAUUUUUCCGCCGCUCAAUAAUUACCUGGCGAGCAUUUUGAGAUCCGCCCGGGAAUUCCUCUUACGCCGGGAGCUGCAGUGCCUGGUGGUAAUAGUAUACCAGAAGGAGAAUGAGCCGCUGGAGAGCUACCAACUCCAGAUGGAAACUCUGGAGGGACGCGGCCAAUCAACGACGGAGGAUCCUCAUCUAAUGGAGUUCGAGCAGCAACUGCGCUCUGCCAUCUACAAACUAUCCGAGCGGCUGAAACAGCUACCCAAGCUUCCUGCGGGAAGCUGCCAGUUUAAGGUCCACCUGCACACCACCCAGGAUGCAUAUGUCCGCUUCAGCCACGAUUCCCAGUAUCAGGAGUUUCCCUGGCUGCAGGCCCAGACUGCAGAGUCGCAGCACUCGCAAUCCAUUUCCUUGCUACCCUUGGCCAGGGUGGAAAAUGUGGGUUUGAAGGUGCAGGCUCUCAUCCAUAGUUAAUAAGAUCUCAAGUUUAUCGUUGAUUAUGUAUUAAACCGUACAGUUUACAAGUCCUUAGUUUUUAUUAAAAUAAAAUAGACUAUGGUAAUCGUAUGGUAAUCUUAGAUUAUGAACUAUUAAGUUUUUUCACAAAAACAA